AUGGCUGGAAUCCUAUCAAAGACAUUAUCUGAAGUUCACCCAACUCUCCGAACCAAUGGUAUGGGGGUAGGGAAUACACAUAGAAGAAUAUCACUUGGUUUUUUUCCACCUAAUAAGAAGAAUCCUUUGGUGCGUAAAUUCAGUAGAAGAUCGCGACCUACUGAUCAGAGGAGUUUCAGAUCUUUAGGAGAUGAUUUUGGCAGUAAUGUUCAUGAGCCACACCAUUAUAUGGACGAAAUAAUGGAAGAGCCCGAGAUGCAUUAUAAUGAGGAAGAUGGCGGUGAGCUUAGCAGAACAGUGUCAUUACCAUCAAGGGUGUCCGAAACACCAGAGUUAUCCUCUCCAGGCGUAGACUGGAUUCUUCAAGAGCAUGAACGAAGGUAUUCUUCUGUUUACAAUUCUGAUAAUGAAGAAGGCGAAGAAGAUAUGGAACAGUAUGAGCCAAGAGAAUUAGGUUAUGAUGAAUUUAUCAAUAGGAUACAAGUUCAAAAGCAAACACACGAAUCAAUGAUGCAACGAACGGGGAUUACACCUCGAAGGCCGUCAUUCGUAUCAGUUACAAGUAAAGGCUCUGUUCCAGCAAUUUAUCAAGAAGAUGUUCAUUCCGCUGAAUUAGCUCAGUUGGCUAAGGAAAAGGUUACUUUCAAGUCAGAAUCUAAAGUAUUAGCAUCUUACUCUUUCCCAUUAAUUUUCACGUUUCUACUAGAACAAAUAUUCCCAAUGGUCUGCUCACUAACGGUAGGUCACCUGGGGAAAAACGAGCUGGCGGCAGUUUCCCUAGCAUCAAUGACUUCCAAUAUCACAUUAGCCAUUUUUGAAGGUAUCGCGACAAGUUUGGAUACAUUAUGCCCUCAAGCUUAUGGUUCAGGUCGUUAUUACAGUGUCGGUAUCCAUUUACAGCGUUGUAUCACUUUUUCAUUAAUUAUUUUUGUUCCCUUCGCAUUUUUUUGGUUUUAUUCGGAAUCAAUACUGUAUAUGGUCGUUCCUGAAAAGGAGUUGAUCGCUCUUACUUCUCAGUUCUUGAGAGUAUUGAUACUUGGUGCUCCAGCAUAUAUCUUUUUCGAAAACCUAAAGAGGUUUUUACAAGCACAGGGAAUAUUUGAUGCUGGUAUUUAUGUUCUAACUAUAUGUGCACCACUGAAUAUUCUUAUUAGUUAUACUUUAGUCUGGAACAAAUACAUCGGUAUGGGGUUCAUUGGUUCUGCCGUAGCCGUAGUGAUCAACUUCUGGAUGAUGUUCUUCCUUCUACUACUCUACACUUUAUACGUGGAAGGUAGGAAAUGUUGGGGUGGGUUCUCAUCAAAAGCAUUCACGCACUGGAAAGACUUGAGUCAUCUUGCAAUAUCUGGUAUCAUAAUGCUUGAAGCAGAAGAACUAUCCUAUGAACUAUUAACAUUAUUCAGUGCAUACUUUGGGACAAGUUAUCUAGCGGCACAAUCAGCGGUAUCUACAAUGGCUGCCUUACUAUACAUGGUUCCUUUUGCGAUCGGUAUCUCAACUUCCACUAGAAUUGCCAAUUUCAUUGGUGCAAAAAGUUCAGAACAUGCCCAUAUCUCAUCCAAAGUUGGGCUGACUUUCUCGUUCGGAGCUGGUCUAACCAACUGUUUACUACUGGUAUUAGGGCGUAAUUUUAUUGCGAGCGUAUUUUCAAGAGAUGAGGAUGUAAAAAAACUAAUAAGCGGUUUGUUACCAUUGGUUGGAUUGGUUCAGAAUUUUGACUCUUUAAAUGCAGUGGCUGGAUCAUGCUUAAGAGGACAGGGAAUGCAAUCAUUAGGUAGCGUCGUGAACCUCCUGUCAUAUUAUUUGUUUGGUAUCCCUUUAGCUCUUAUAUUAAGCUGGUACUUCAAUAUGAAGCUAUUUGGGUUAUGGAUAGGUAUUGGUUGUGCCAUGUUACUAAUUGGAUUAAUUGAGUCCUAUUAUGUCUUAUUCCCGAAUUGGGAUGCCAUUAUGAACUAUGCCGAGUUACUUAAAGAAUCGGAGGAUGACGAUUCUGAUGACGAAGAAUAUUUUACAGAUUCUGACGAACCGACAGAAUAUUCCCCAUUGUUAUCUGCCUAA